AUGGGUCUCCUCGACAAGUUCACCGGCGGCGACAAGGAGAACGUUGCCCAGCAGCAGCAGCAGCAGCAGUACGGCAAGACCGACGGCUACGGCCAGCAGCAGCAGCCCUUCCAGCAGCAGAACUCCAACACCUCGUACGGCCAGCAGCAGCAGUACGGCCAGCAGAGCCAGCAGCAGGCUCAGCAGGAGGAGAAGGAGGGCUGGUCCACCAAGCAGAAGAUCGCCGCUGGUGUCGGUGGUCUCUUGGCCGCCGGUGCGGCCGCCGGUGCCACCGCUUACGGUGUCCACGAGAACGACCUGGAUAGCAAGCAGGCCGAUCUCGACCGCCGCCAGGCUGAGCUCGACAAGGAGUGGGAGCGCGGCGGUGAGGGUCUCGAGGAGAAGCAGCGCCAGAUGGACGAGGAGCAGCGCCGCCAGGAUGAGGCCCAGAAGGAGCAGGACCGCCGCUGGGGUUAA